CCGACAAACAACCGAGGUCGUCUCUAUCCUCGCUACUCGUCUGGUCGCCCCCCUUUCCCCGCUACUCCACCGCCGGUGGCCACAUCUUGCCCGCGCCGUCUGCUCCGCCCCUCCCUCGCCGGCCGCCUUCCUUCCUCAUCAUCUCCCCGCCUUCCUUCCUCUGCCUUCGACCAACCAGAACCCAACGAGGAGGGAGCAAAGAUGAAAGUGAUCCCUUUUGCCCCCAAGCAUCUAAUUUUGCCGGCUCCGGCGGCGAUGCUCGUAGUCUGCGGGGUGAAUCCAGCGGAUUCCUCGCGUCCUCUUGCGCCGCCACACGCACCGCCUGUCGGAGCUCCCCUACAACCUUCUCCACCUGGCGUAAUGUGGCCGGUCGACCCGGCGCUGGCGCUGGACGAGGCGGCGCUGCUGCGCUACGCGGCCGCGCACGUCCAGGGCUUCCCAGCGCCGGCGCCCGCGCCGGCGCUCACGCUAGUUCGGCCACGGCCAGUCCAACCCCACCUACUGCCUCCGGGCCGCCUCCGCCACCGAGACCCGGCGCUACGUGCUCCGGAAGAAGCCCGCCGUGGCCAUCCUCCAGUCCGCCCACGCCGUCGAGCGCGAGUUCCAGGACCUCCAGAUAAGGAAGGUUAUUAGUUCUCGAAUUCUGUGCUCUAUGAGUAUAGAGCAUCCGCUGCCCAAUAUGAAAUUCCUUCAAGAGUUAUGCAUUUUGGAUUGCAUCAGUGUGUUUGAGCGGAUGAAGAGGUCGGAGCAUCAAGGGAAAGGCUAUGGAGAUCAGCACUUGAGGCAGCAAUUUUUGGGUGAAUCUAAUCAGCAGAUCAAUGAUCACAUGAUGAUGGCUGGAGGAUCUGAUGUUUUCGCCACGCCUUGCCCAUACCGGCCUACUAUCCAAAGCAUCCGCAGUGAUAUGAUCCAGAGAUCCUCGUACAAUCCUUACGAUCUAGAGAGCAAGCAUGCUAUCCACGGAUCGACCAAGCCUUCUCCAUUGCACACAACAAAAAUUGUGGAGAAGUGCACUCUUAAGCUGGUUGAUGAAUACAAACACAUGUUGUGUCAGACCAAUGAACCUAUGUCUACAUUCCUACAGUACAUAACGUAUGGACACAUGAUUGAUAAUGUUGUCCUAAUUGUUACUGGGACAUUGCAUGAAAGAGAUGUUAACGAACUGUUGGAGAAAUGCCAUCCAUUGGGCAUGUUUGACAGAUAUUCUUGUGGUUCCUCUCUCGUUUCUCUCAAAUGGGAAAUCUAUCAAAAUACCGACUCUUCAUUUUUUUAAUCAACAGCAUUGCAUCACUUGCAGUUGCUCAAAAACUUUGCCACCAGGAACUUCAGGGACGACUGCUUCAUCGGGGAAGGAGGUUUUGAACUUCAGAUUCUUGAUGUUGUUAGAGUGCCGAGGUUACUUGAUUGUACCAGUGGACGGAUGCAGAACAUGGGGAGGUGCUUGGCCAGAAGACAUCACGGAGAGGUGCCGGUAAAGAAGAGGGCGAGCUCACCUCCCU